AUGCGUAUGCCCUUUGUGAGCCCAGGCAAGGCCCAAGAGCCAGCUCUACAGUCAAGGGGCAAGGAGAAUCAGGCCUUCCCCAGGAGAAACCUGGUACAAGAGGCCAGGGAUGCCAUCCUGGGCACCUUACAGUCCUGCCAUGGCUGUGUGCCUAACCUUGCCCUGGUGCUCCGGGGCUGCCAGCCACCCUUGCCAGGGGCCAAGCCUGGGGGCCCUGAGAGGCGAAGGAUGACACCCUCCUGGAUCAACAGUCCUGAGCAGGCCCUAGGGGAGAGGAGGCAGAGGAGGCCACAAGGGACAAAGGAGCUCACCUUCACCAUGCCCCACACCUCCAGCAUGCCCACUGCGCACAGGGUGAGCCUGGCACCACCAAGAGGUCCCUGGCCACCCCCCUUGCCCUCAUUGCCUUCACCAUCAGGGGUGGCCUGGGGCCCCCCAACAGCCUUUGACCUGCUGAAAAGCAUCUGGCUAGUAGCCACACCACCCAAUCCCCGGCCCUGGGGGGUCAGCCCAUCUCAGCCCCUGCCUCAGCCACCAUCACCCUUGUUGCCCCGAACCUCUGCCCUGGACUGGAGCCCCAGCCCCCCUGCUCCACUUCCCAGCCUCUCCUGGGUGGUGGCCCAGAGCAGUCCAGAAGCCUGGUCCUUUCCACCCAUGAGACUGUACUGAGGGGGCUGAGGCUAGGGCUGGGGGCAGGUAUCCCGCACUCCCAGUCACCUCAAUAAAGUACCUUCUUCCUGGUC